AUGUACUUAUCUGUCAUCUUACUGAGCCGUUUAUCUAUCACCGAUUACCGCGGCAAUGUCGUGCUUGACACCUAUGUGCGCCCCAUACGAGCCGUGACGGAUUACAGGACAGCAGAAACUGGCCUAUAUCCGGAACACCUGAGCAGUGGCCGACCUUUCGACGAAAUCCAGCGUGACGUUGCAAAUAUAAUUCGCGACAGAAUCCUUGUAGGGUACUGCCUAUGGGACUUCCUCUCGGUUAUGGGAACGUCACAUCCGGCAAUAGACACUCGGGACGUUGCCCUCUUCCUUCCCUUUCGCCAGACUCUUCGAGCGAAGAAAAUGGUUCCUUUAUCUACUCUAGUGGACCGACUGAUGAGAAGGAAUAUUGGGACUGGGCUGGAAGAUCCGCUGGAGAACGCCCGUGCUGCGCUAGAUUUAUUUCGCUCAUGCGAGGACGUAUGGGAGGACAUGAUAAGAUCUGGGUCAUGGCCGUGCUCUCUCCCUCCUUCGACAUAUGCCAGGUACUUCACUUGA